AUGUCUGACAACGAUGAAGUCGAGGUUCAAAACCCGACCGUGGGUAACCUCGAUGUCCUUCCCAAAGAAGUCACUGCAGAGAUUGGGAGUGUCAAGUUGUUCAAUAAAUGGAGUUAUGAAGAUGUUGAAAUCAGGGACAUUUCAUUAACUGAUUACAUCCAAAUCCGAGCCCCAGUCUACAUCUCACACUCAGCUGGUCGAUAUGCGGCGAAGCGAUUCCGAAAAGCACAAUGCCCCAUCAUUGAACGCCUUACCAACUCUCUCAUGAUGAACGGUCGCAACAAUGGCAAGAAAUUGAUGGCUAUCCGUAUCGUCGCUCAUGCCUUCGAAAUUAUCCACAUCAUGACGGACCAAAACCCUAUCCAAAUUGCCGUCGACGCCAUAGUCAACUGCGGGCCCCGAGAAGAUAGCACACGUAUUGGUUCGGCUGGUACUGUGCGCCGACAAGCUGUCGAUGUAUCACCUCUGCGACGGGUCAACCAAGCGAUCGCCCUUCUUACAAUCGGAGCCAGAGAGGCAGCUUUCAGGAACGUCAAGAGUAUUGCGGAGUGUCUUGCAGAAGAGUUGAUCAAUGCGGCGAAGGGCAGCUCGAAUUCAUAUGCCAUCAAGAAGAAGGACGAGCUAGAGCGUGUGGCUAAGAGCAAUCGGUAA